AUGUCAGUGAUUACUACUGAAGAGAAGCGUUUGCAGCAGAACAAGAAUCGAGAGAAGUACUGGUUGAAAUGGGGCCCAUAUCUCUCAGAAAGAAGCUGGGCAACAGUGAAGGAAGACUACUCCCAUGAUGGUGACGCUUGGUCGUUUUUCCCCUUUGAACAUGCCAACAGUCGUGUGUUCAGAUGGGGCGAAGAUGGGCUAUUUGGUGUUUCCGACAACAGGCAGAUUAUUUGCUCUAAUGUUGCGGUUUGGAAUGGGAAGGACCCCAUUCUCAAGGAGCGGAUGUACGGUCUCACUAGUCACCAGGGGAACCACGGUGAAGAUGGGAAAGAAUUGUACUACUACGUUGACAAUUUACCAUCGCACGCCUACAUGAAAGCUAUCUACAAGUAUCCUUUCAACAAACCGUAUCCUUACGAGGAGUUGGUUGCUAAGAAUGCGGAGAGGGGUUACGAUGAUCAAGAGUUUGAGAUUUACGAAAUUGAUGGCUUGUUCAAGGAGAAAGACACUGGGGAUACCCCUUACUUCGAUAUAGUGUACGAAAUGGCGAAAGACGACGAUAAUCCAAUGGACUUGAACUUCAGAAUAACAGCCUAUAAUCGCAGCAGCACAAAAUAUGGCGAAUUGUACAUUAUUCCCCAGGUUUUUUUCAGAAACACUUGGUCGUGGGAAACAACUGAUCGUGUGAAACCUCAUUUAUCAAAAACGGGUAACAAUUUUGUCACGUUGAAUACGGAAAAGUACGGAACGCACUACGCUAUAUUCGCGCCCUCGCCUGGUGAAUUCGACAGCUCAGAGCAAGGUUCUGACGAGGAGAACAGCGAUGAUGAAGCUGCAGACAUUGAACCUAUAUUGUUGUUCACAGAAAAUGAAUCGAAUUUAAAGAAGUUGUUCAACUCAAAGGAGAAUCCAGCACCUUACACAAAGGAUGCCUUCAAUGAAUUCAUCAUCAACGAGGACCCAUCAGCAGUGAACCCUGAAGAAGAGGGUACAAAAUCAUGCGCUGUAUAUCACUUUCCUAAGAUUCCUCCCAAUGAAUAUGUUACGGUUAGAUAUAAAUUGACGGACCAAGCGCUGCCUAAGUUGGACGAUGAAAUGAUCAUCGAUGAAGAUGAUUUCGAUGCUCUGUUUGAUAGACGUGAACAAGAGGCCGACAAUUUCUACUGGAGAGUAACUCCCAACCCGAUUUCUGAUUCGUUAAGAAUGGUUCAAAGACAAGCUUUUGCCGGUUUGCUUUGGUCGAAACAGUUCUACUAUUUCGUCCAAGACGAAUGGUUCAAUGGUGAUCCAAUGCAAAAACCUCCUCCACCAAAGAAUCGUGCUAAUGGUAGAAAUAAGGAUUGGAAACACAUGUAUGCUCAAGAUAUCUUGUCAUUGCCUGAUAAAUGGGAGUAUCCUUUCUUCGCUUCAUGGGAUACCGCUUUCCAUUGUAUACCGCUAGCAAUGAUUGACCCUGAAUUUGCCAAGAAGCAAUUGGAUCUUUUCACAAGAGAAUGGUACAUGCAUCCUAAUGGUCAAAUUCCAGCCUACGAAUGGAACUUCAGUGAUGUUAAUCCACCAGUUCAUGCAUGGGCUGUUUACCGUGUCUUCAAGAUUGAAAGAAAUAUGUAUGGGCGUGAAGAUAGAGUAUUCUUAGAACGUGUUUUCCAAAAGCUUUUGUUGAACUUCACUUGGUGGGUUAACAGAAAGGACCACGACGGUAACAAUGUCUUUGAAGGUGGAUUCUUGGGAUUGGACAAUAUUGGUAUCUUUAAUAGAUCGGAACCUUUGCCUACCGGUGGUACUUUAGAACAGGCUGAUUCGACCGGAUGGAUGGCAUUUUUCUCUUUGCAAAUGUUAAACAUUGCUUUGGAACUUGCUAAGAACAAUCCAGUUUAUGAAGAUAUAGCAACAAAAUUCUUCGAGCACUUCCUCUACAUCAGUGAUUCAAUGUCAUUCAAAUACGAAAUUGAUAGUGCAGACAACUUCAAGGAAGAAGUUAAGGAAAGCUUAUGGAACGAAGAUGAUAAAUUCUACUAUGACGCUAUUUCAUGGGGAGAACCAUUUAAACAGCAGCUUCCAAUCAGAUCUCUUGUUGGAUUGAUUCCGUUAUACGCCUGUAUGACGUUGGAACCAAGGAUCUUGGAUAAAUUCCCUGGCUUCAAGAAACGUAUUGACUGGUUCCUUGAAAAUAGAAGCGCCAUGUUUGGUAGAAAUAUUGCCUCAAUGGAAAAAAGGGGUGUUGGGGAAAGACUAUUACUAUCAUUGGUGAACAAAGAAAGACUAGAAGCGAUUUUAUCCAGAAUGCUCGAUGAGACAGAGUUUUUAUCUGACUAUGGUAUUAGAUCGCUCUCGAAGUAUCAUGAAAAGCAUCCGUUCACCAUGUCCGUGAAUGGGGAAAAAUACGAAGUAAGCUAUCUACCAGGUGAAUCUAACUCUGGUAUGUUUGGUGGUAACUCUAAUUGGAGAGGUCCUGUGUGGUUCCCCACUAACUUUUUACUUGUAGAAUCUUUGCAAAGGUUCUUUUUGUACUAUGGACCCGAAUUCAAAGUUGAAUGUCCAAAGGGCUCAGGGGAGUUUUUGAAUUUGGCUCAAAUAGCCGAAGAGCUUCAACAUAGACUAAUUCAUUUAUUCAUUCCAGAUGCAGAAGGACAUAGAGCAGUGUAUCACGGAGAAUAUAGCGAUUUGUUAUCCAAGGACCCAAAUUUCGAAAACUUAAUUCCAUUUUAUGAGUACUUUGACGGAGACACAGGACGUGGUCUUGGUGCCAGUCAUCAAUGUGGAUGGACUGCUUUAGUGGCCAAGUGGAUUCACGAUACCGGGUUAUCGUGCAUCAGGUUGCCUAGAACUCCUAGGUCUUCUGUGAAUGUGGCAAACCUCGACAACGCUCACAUAAAUUCAUUGUUAAGUGAUGUCAAACCAAAUAUGCCACGAAAGAUGGCAAGGCGUAAAAGCUCCAAGUCGUUGAUCAACCUUACUGCUACUCAGCUUGAAUUGACCGAAGAAGAGAAGUAUUUGCACUAUAUUGGAAACGCCAGAAGGGAAUCUCUCAAAGCGGAGCCUCGUUCAGGAAGUAUUAUCAGCAGUGAGGAAGAUGAUGAAGAUUUGGCACUGUCCCUUGAGAGAUUACGGAAGAGUCGGAGCGUAGAAGAAGAGUCACGUCUGGUGAAUGAGUUGAGAAGAAAGCUAUCUCAUACAACAAUAAACUCCACAGAUGAUGAUGAAUUGGAAUGUGUUCCAUGA